CGAGAGAGAGGAAAAUAAAACCGCGGGAUUCUCGUCACCCUGCAGCCACAUCAAAGGUUGGCUCGACGCGCCCUCUUUUGACCAACAAUGUAAAACGGCCGGAAAGGCUACCGAACGUAGCUCAACGUUCCAAGGGUUCUUCCUUCUCGAUAUCUGAUUGGCUGCAGGGGGAAUUCACUGUUGAGAGCUACCUGCAGCGGCGUUCGCCGGGGUGUUUUUUCCUCCUCCGACGGAGGAAGGUGGAUCUUCACGAGGGUGCGACGUCGAGGCUUAUAGCCCAGGGCGCUGAGGCCGGGAGCGAUGAGCGAACCUCGGGCUCUGGCUAAGGCUGAAGCGCUGAGCCUCGGGCCACCCGGCUGGAAGCACGCUUGUCAUGCCCUCUUAUACGCACCCAACCCCGGCCGGCUUUUUGGCAAGAUCCCGUUGCGUUUCGCAGUGUUGAUGCAGAUGAGGUUUGAUGGUCGGCUGGGAUUUCCAGGCGGGUUUGUGGAUCCCCGGGAUAUUUCCUUGGAAGAAGGACUAAAUCGAGAACUGUGUGAAGAGUUAGGCCCUGCGGCUGCCUCCUUCCGCCUGGCUGAGGAGGACUACGUGAGCUCCCAUGUUUCUGAGCAGCCACAGAGAGUAGUGAUGCAUUUUUACGCCAAGCAGAUUAGCUUGGAAGAGCUCCGAGUGGUAGAGGAAGGGGCUACUCAGGCAAAAGACCAUGGAUUUGAGGUGAUGGGUCUCAUCCGUGUUCCUCUCUAUAUUUUGCGUGAUGGUAUUGGGGGCCUCCCAGCAUUCCUUAGCAAUGCUUUUAUUGGCAACGCCCGGGAGCAGCUUAUUCAUGCCUUGGACACUCUCCAACUCAUGCCAACGGAACAACUUCGAAAGGCUGUCAAGAUCGCUCAGAAGAGACCUUGAGCCUCAUUGACUCUGGCUGCUUUGUUUUCACCCUGAUGGCUCUUGGGAUGGGAUCCUGCAAGAAUUUUAGACUUUAGGAAUGGGCAGCUGCAAGGAGAAGAAACUUAGAAAUGGUCCUUGCUCCAGUCUUCUACCCACCCAUUGCUGCUGGUGCUGCUGAACAGCUUGGUGCAAGGGUUGGGGGUCUGAACUUGGAUUCCAAUGACCAGAUUGUUGUGUGUUUAAAAUACAUUGAUUGUGUCUCUCUUGCUUGGAGGUAGAUAGCAAGAACUGAAAGACUGGAGCCAUGUUGACUACUCUUCGGGAAUGUGUUUGUGAUUCACCUCCCUACAUCCUGCUUGUGGGUAUAAGGUUUCUUGCAGAGAUUGCCCUGACCUACCUCAUCUUCUGUUUUCCAACAUUUACUCUAAACAUGUCUUGUUAUUAAAAGCAUUUUGAACUUCCUGGAAGCUACGCUUGCCUUCUCUGCAAAAGCCAAUUGCACAUAUCUGUUGAUUGAUCAUUAUUUUAUUAUUUCAUGGUCAGAUUGUCCUUCCUUAUUUUUUUUAAUCAGUGCUUAAAGAAUGUUUAUGACACUUUUGUGUGGCUCUUGACUCAUAAUUUUUUAUUAGCUCAUAAGGAAGUAGCAACUCACCACUGGAGGCAGGUUUUCUGUCUCAUUCAUGUUCUCUUUUUUCCAGUUCUAGUGAUAUGCUGAUAUAGGUGUGGAAAUUAGGAAAAGUAGAAGUGUGCUGUCAUUCAAAUUAUUAUACUAACCAUUUUGUUACAUCCAGGCUAGGAAUGCAGUGUUUGUUGCUUGGAAACGAUGCUACAACUUUCAUGGCAUGGGCAUGAACAAGUGGGAUUUUUUUUGUCACUCUGGUAGAGUUCAGAGUUUCCUUAAGGACCAGAGUGGCAAAGGAACCUGGGAAGUGGAGGUGAUGUUGAUACCUUGCAUGUACCUUCUAGUUGGUGGAACAUAGACAAUUGUAUCUUGGUUUUCAAGGUAGUCUCCAGAUUAGAGACCCUACCUCACAUAGAAUAGUAUGAGGUGCUUGGGGUAAAACUGGACUUUGAUUGUGCUUGAGAGCUGAGGUGGCUUUAGUGGUUAAGGUACUGGACUAGGAGCAAAGAAAACCAGGUUCUGGUCCACCUUCAACCACUGAGUGAUUUAGGGCCAAUCACUCUCUCCCAGCUUGACCUACUUCACAAGGUGGUUGUGGGGAAACAUGAGAGUAGAGUGCUGUUAAUGUCACCAAACUCCAGACUGAAAGAUGGGAUAUAUGUCAAAUAAAUAAAUACAGUUCAAAAUUGCUAAAUCUUAAAGAUCAAAGGGCAGUGUACGAAGCAGAGUACAGAGAUGGUUGAAGCAAUGAUAGUUUGCAGAUAUAGUGAGGAAUAGUGAAUGAUGUUAGUAGACACCAGAUGUUACUGCAUCUCCUCCUAGCUGAAGCUUUCAAUCUCUUUUCUUACCAUUUCUUAGUCCUUUUCUGUGCUUUGCAUAACAUUACUGAACCUCAACAGGGAAUGGUGUGAUGCAUAGAUAUGUACAGUCAGGUCCAGAAAUAUUGGGACAUCGACAC